AUGUCAAAAUUUUGGGCGGUCAUAUUCUUGAACGAUCGCCAUGUUAUGUGUACCAAUCAGGAAAUUAAUGAGAAAGAAGUGAGUGAAGAAUACGAUAUUCAGCACAAUUCAGAAAGACAAAAGUGUAAUGCAAACAAGACGAAAUUCGUCCCUUCAAUUAGAAAAUACAACAGCAAAAUCCAAGGAAAGAUUAAAAAAAAAUAUUUCAGAGUAACUCUUUCAUCUCACUCGAAACAAAAUCACAAAUGUGAUUUAUGUAAACAGACUUUUGUAAACAAGGAAAUACUACAAGCGCAUUUGAACUUUCAUAUCGGAAAAAAACCAUUUUGCUGCACAACCUGCAAUCAGAAAUUUUCCUGGCAAUUUCUAUUGAAAAGACACACGAAAGAACACAACAGUACAAAACAAAGCGAAAUUGAUCAUAGUAAACUUCGUUUGCCAUCAUCAUCAAAUGAACGUAAAGUAUCUAAGAGGAAACACUUUCGAUGUGACAUCUGCGAUAAGCUACUUAUAUCAAAGGGCAAUUUAGAGAGGCAUAACAAAACACAUCACCAAGUAUCUCAUUGUUGUAAGAUAUGUAAAAAAGAAUUUCAAACGAGAUCUUCAUUGAGACAACACCAACAAACUCAUAGUGAAGAUCGACCUUUCAAAUGCGAUAUAUGUAAAAAGGGCUUUAAAACAAAUGGCCAGUUAAAAAGGCAUCGUGAAACUCACAGUGAUCAAUGUGCAUUUAAGAGAGCACGUUGUAAUACAUACCGAUGAACACAAGUACUGUUGUCAGAUAUGUAACAAGCAUUUUAAAACAAAACGCUAUUUGAGACGACAUGAAAGAACUCACAAAGAUAGAAGUGAUAAGUAUUUUUGUAACUUAUGUAAAACAGCAUUUAAAUCCAGAUUUAG